AUGGUCGCCAUCCCGACCUACCUCUUGGCCUCCUCGGCCGUUUCCAGCCUGGGGCCUUUGACUCCUCGCGAUUCUGUUAUUCGAUCACCGGAUCCGUCGCCACAGUCAUCGUCGUCAACAUUAUUGACAGAUCCUGAUUCAAGUCCUUUCGCUUCUAUCUUGGGACCUCAUAUUUCAUCCAACUUCCCCGACCCUGCUGUCAUCUACGUUGAUGGCGUGUCAUACGCUUUUGCGACCAACAAUCGCGCCCCUGAACCAGAUUUGAUCCAUAUUCAGGUGGCCACUUCGACCGACAACCAGACGUGGACACUGCUCGACAAUCAUGACGCUCUGCCUAACCUAGGGGCAUGGGAGACAGGCGCUGGCGUCUGGGCCCCAGAUGUGGUCCAACUGGACGAUGGAUCUUUUGUUCUCUACUACGCCGAUAAUGUCGUCUGGUCUCCUGCACACCAUUGUGUGGGUGCAGCGACUUCUCAGAACGUUCUGGGACCUUAUGUCCCACUUGACACUCCUUUCGCUUGCCCAGACGUCAAUCCGCUCGGUGGAGCCAUUGAUCCCGACGGAUUCCUCGACGAAUCUACCAAUACACGCUAUGUCGUGUACAAAGUCGACGGGAACUCCAUUGGCCACGGCGGGUCCUGUGGCAACACUGUUGAGCCUAUUGUACCGACUCCCCUCAUGCUCCAACAAGUCGGCCCUGACGGCAUCACUCUCAUUGGAAACGCCGUUGAGAUCCUCGAUCGUGACGAAUUUGACGGGCCAUUGAUCGAAGCUCCCUCGCUCCACCGUUCCGAUGAAGGAAUCUACUUCCUGUUCUUUAGCAGCAAUUGCUUUACGACGCCCAAAUACGAUGUCUCGUAUGCCACCGCGACGAAUAUCUGGGGUCCUUACACCAAAUCAAGCCGCCCAUUGCUCGUCACCAGUGAUGCUGACUUGACCGGACCGGGCGGUAUGGACAUCGUCAAGGGCGGCAAUCUCAUUCUAUUCCAUGGCCACAUGACCAUCAACAACGACCCUACAAUCAAGAAAGAGGCCGAGACCCUCGCGGCUUCGACAAACACCACGGUCAGUAAGGUGAACCUGCCUUUGGUCCGAGGUAUGUGGUCUGGCACCGCCACCUUCCAGGGCACGAACGUCUUAUUGUCGUGA